CGGUUCAUUCACGCGCGUAAAUUCCGCGAUCGGUGAAUUCUCUAAAUUCGAAUUCGCACAAGAUUUGGUGAUAUUAUUUGCUAAAUGUGAUUCUAAACACAGAAGGAUGCCAAAUAGAGAACGGGUUUGGAUAAAUUGGAGCUGGCUAAUCGUAAGAAGAGGUCAGUAGUGCAGUUUAGCCACUCGUAUAAGAGCAGCCCGUACAUCAGUAACUCCAUUAAAGUAGAUCAACGUUGCACGGUGUCGCCAUGAACGUGGUAGUGAUACCGUUCUUUUUAGCCGCGCAUCUCACCGUGGACAAGCCAUGGGAACAUGGACCGGAAUACACAUUCCAAGUUGAGGUGAACUGCACGGCGAUUCCAGAGGAGGGUGUCUAUGGUAGCGUGCGGCUAAACUUGGUGUCAAAACUGAUCUGCCAGCCGAAGAGCGGUGACACGUUGAGCUGCCACUUCGAGGACUCCAAGGCGAGCAGCUUCCACGUGGAUAGUCUGGACCCGUUGGAACCGGUGGUGCCACCCGGCCCGAUAAAUCGGCAGCCAGCUUACGAGGUUAACGAGGAUCAGUUUGAGAUCAAGUUCAAUAAGCGGGGGUUGGAUGGUCUGGUGGUGAACGAGAAUAUUCAGCCGCGCGAGCUGGACAUGAUCCGCAUGAUCGUGGGCCAGUUGAGCAUAGGUGCCAUGUUCGAUGGCAUCGGAAGCGACAAUUCCUUCGACGUGAUGGAGAACUUCACUCAGGGCGAGUGUUACACCACCUUCAAAAUCGAUAAGAAGCCCGGGGGACGUUUGUUGUACGCGAAACCCAGCUAUGCGCUUAGGCCGGUCUUCGGCCUCAAGGACGGCAAGUUGGUGCAGAUACGGAAGGUCCGGAACCUGCAUAUGUGCGAGCAUAAAGUGCCAUAUUUCUUCGGCAGUGCCGAGAGCUUCAGGGAAGAGAGCGACAUUAUAUCUGAUAUUAGCUUGUCGGAUGGUCACAUCAUCAUAACAUCGACAGAAUUUGUAUCCGGUACAUCGAACGUGAUAACGACGAGUAAAAUAACUGAAGCAGUGGUAACGACUCUUUAUGAGAACGUACGGCUUAGGCUCGAAUCCAUUCAAGCUGCGGAGAGCGAACCGCCAGCUGUGAAAGAAGCUGAGCCCGCUAGUAUCUUCAUAGGCAGGUGGUUAAUCGACGAUUCGUCCGAGGAAGAUAACUAAAUAGUUUCACUGUCGGUGCUACAUAGUGCACGAACAAAUAACGAACGUUUGAUAUGAAAGGCGAAAUUAAGAAAUUCACUUGUCGCAAAGUGACUUAUUUUGAUUAUUUUUUCUUUUAUUAUCUAAAUUUCAAACGGUUAUGCAAUAAUGGAAUUGUGCAAUAUUACAUUUUCACGUUGAACAUAUUGCAAAUAUUUAUGUUGCGUGUGAAUGACAUCUGGGAUAAUUAUAAAUUAAAUUAUAUCGUACUAAUGUUGACAAUAAUUAAUAAGCAAAAGUCAUAACAUUGAAAUGUUGAAUUUUUAUAUGUGAGAAUAAAGCUUUAUUACUUGUAUAAUAUUGUAAGAACGGCAAGAAAUAAAAGUCUAUAUUAAAUUUA